AUGCAUUAUAGUUGCUAUUCGAAUAGCGAAACGAUGACAUUUACAUUUAAAUGUUAUCAAAACAAUUUCAUGAUCAAUAAUUUAAAUAUUGUAUCAUUCGGAGAUUGUUUUGGAUCGAUUGUUACUUGUAUGGCUUUUGCAUUCUUAAUCGAAUUAAGCCGGGGAAUCGAUCUUUAUCUGAGACAUUAUUCAGUUACUGGAAAGAAUGAUCCAUCGAAUCCGAUUUCACGCAACUUAUCACCGAAAACGAUACGCAAACGACGAUUUUUUCUUCAUCUUCUGCGUACACUAGUACGUUUAGCUCAAACCACAUUGAGUUACAUAUUAAUGCUCAUGAUAAUGAAUGAUUUUGCUGGUUUUCUUUUCUCGGCAGUUAUCGCUCUUGGUAUUGGUUAUUAUCUUAUGAAUGGUGUUCAUCCAUCGACAAUGUAUCAUAAAUCUUCAAUGGCAUCGGUAACAUUGCCGCGACGUGCUCACCAACUCCGUUCGAUACGUGAACAUCGAAAUCAUCAUUCGUAUCAGGGCGAUGCUGACGAUCUGCACAGUUGUCAUCAUUAUCCCGGUCAAACGAAAUUAACGAAAUCAGUCAAAGCGUUAUCGCACGAUGAACCUGAAACGCAAUUUUCACUACCUGCAUCGCCAACGGCAACACACAACAAGCGAAUCAAAGAUUUAUGUUCAAGGUUUAAACGCCGUUUAUUACUGACCAAAGAGAGUCGAACACGAAGUGUGGAUGUUCAAAAUAGUCCAUCGGAACGUCGGAUAGUUCGUUUUGAUUUCGAACAGGUCUAUGAUACAAUUCCAUCUUGUCUCAUCAAUGCUUUACCUGGUCCAGAUGAUUAUUUAGUUAGUGCACGAUGUCAAAAUCUAUCCGAUUCGUUGGAAUUUCAAACUGAUCCAACAGAUGAAUGUUCUGUCGAACAAAUGAACCUCUUUGCACAGUGUCAACGUGGCAAAUUCUUUCGUCGUAAUGCAAUUUGUCAUAAACUGGAUAAAAGCCAAUACAAUUCGCAAUUAGAUACAUUUGUUCAACAGUUAAUGGUGGAAAAAUUAAUGCGCACGUGGACGUGA